UCAAAUAAUGCUAUUUAUUAGCCAGAACCAGUAAAAACAAAAAGAAUUAACAGAUUUCCAGCUUUCAUCCUGCAAGUCCUUGUCUGUGACAUGCCGUUCUAUCAGGAAGAUUAACCAAAUCUGAGCUUAAAAUCAAGAUAUUUCAUCAAAAUCAUUUUAUUCUACGUUAAAAAGUAACUACCUACACUUAUCAGAUUCUGUAAAAACCCAAACUUUGCUGUUUCUUUUCUCCCGGUUUCCAUCAUUCUAACAGAGUCUCUGAGUUCUCUCCUUCUUCAUGAUGUUCUGGAUCCACAGAGCUGCAGGACUUUACAUGAACCAUGCUGUGUUCUUUCUGUUUCAGAGUGCGGGUGGUGGGAGUCAUGUUCUGUGCAGGACCUUCUUCUAGGCAGCUCAGGAGAAUCCAGGUGUCUGUCUGAAGCUCAUCUGAGACUGCAGCUUCAACAUGUCCUCUCACAGACGCAGCUUCCAGUGCUUUAGCACCAUUGGAGGCGACUCCCACCGGUCCUCCGUCCCCUACAAGCACCAGUCCCCCCGACUGCCCCGGAUCCACCAGCAUGGCCUGGUGGCCCACCAUGAACCAGAGUGCUACAUGUGCUCUGAGUGCAGACAGGCAGCAGACUCUCAGUACUACCACACAGCCUACCACCACCACCAGCCCCACCACUGCCGGCCACAGGACCCCCCUCUGGACCACCACAGGUACAACAAGAGAGUGGUGCUGGUGAAGAACAGCGACCCCUCGCUGAGGAAGACCAUCGUUCUGCACCGCAGGAGUCUACGCAGCUUUGGGCUGUUCUUAGAGGAGGUCUCUGAGCUGAUGCAGUACCACAUCAGGAAGCUGUACACCGUGGAGGGCCGCAAGGUGAGCUCUACACACCUGGACACGACGCCUUUAGGGUCCUCUGUGAGCUCAGGGGCUCUUACUACUCCCAGUAAGCGUUCAGAAGUCGCUGCAAAGCAAAGCGUCGCUCAUCCAGACCUGCCGUCUGACAGCACAGCGACCCGACAGUCGGUAUCUUCUGAUAAAUCAGCCCCGGAUGGAACCGAGUCUCCAGAAAACGUGGACUCCUGCCCUCCCACCGGCGACGGGACGAGAGAAGACGACAUCGAGAAGCGUGUUCGUGUUAAUAAAGAUGGCAGUUUGUCCAUGCAGAUGAAAGUGUGCUUCAGACUGGAGAACGAUGAAACUCUGCUCUGGUCCACUGAGGUGAGGAAGAGCACAGGAAGAAGCUGUGAGCUGCUUCACAGUCACACCUGCUCUGCACAGGUGAGCGACCGGAGCUGCUCCGAGUCUGACAACAUGUCCGCCGCCGAGCAGGACGAGGCGUCGGUCUGUCGGCGACGCCACAGAGCUGCAGAGGAGCCUCGCUGUCCUCGCUGCUGCAGCCGCUGCCACGACUACGACGUCUGGAAGAACGUCCCUGGGACCCACGGAGCGAGUCGCUGCAUCCAGACCUCCAGCUCCAGCGCCUCCUCACACACCGUGGUCUCCAGGAAGACGGUGGUGGAGAGGCAGACGGCGCGUGGAUCCACCGAGGGGCUGACAGAACAGCUGGUGGAGACAGAAACGGCUGAGACUGUGGAGUACUGCACCAUCAGGAGUCAGACCUGCUCCCCUCAGUCCAAAGAGAACAUCCAUGUGGAUGCUGCUCAGACAUUAGAACCAGCAGAAUCUGGCAGUCGAGCUUCAGGCGAUGAGCAGAAUGACGAGGACGAAGAUGUUCCACAAACAUCUACGCGGAACACUGAACCAGAAGAUGCCCCUGCAGAGCAGCUGAAGGAGAAACAAAGAGCCGAGCUGAAGAAGAAGAACUCCAAAGUAACAGAUGAAGAUGUGGAAACCAAAGAGGAGGCUGAGGUAUGUUCUGAGGAGAGAGCUGGUGUUUCUGCAGUGAAUGCAGGUGAAGAGACGCCUGGAGAGUCCAAACCCAGCGUGGACGAACAGAAGAUGGCAAACGGAGAUGCUGAAAAUAGCAAAGAUGACUUUGAUCUGGUCCCGUCCAGUCUGCCCAACGCUUCGCCGACAGAGGUGGUGAAUCAGUGGCUGAAGACAAUACCAGAGGACGGAAACAUGUACGAUGUGGAGGAUCUUAAUGAAAGCUGUGAGGGUCAGAAAACUGUCCUGACUCCAGAGGACGGCAACAGAGUGGAGAAGAAAGAAAACAACGAAGAAUGUGCAGCUGAGAAUUCAAAGGACACAAAUGAAGGAGGUGUGACGAACAGCGUCUCGAAUGACGAUGGUCCAACAAGCACUGAGGCUCCAACUGAAGAAAACUCUGACCAGAGAGACUCCAAGAUCUUCAGCUCCUCCAUACAGGUGAUGAAAGUGCUUCUGAACCCCAAGCUGGACAGGUGCAACAGUCUACCUGAGAUUUCUCCGGUGUACGGACGUAAGCUGAGCACGUCAGCCAGAGGGCUGCUGGACUGUCUGGUGAAGCUGCAGCUCAUCGACCGCGACCCUAAAAACACCACUGAGAAGGAUGAAAGGUACCAGGAGCUGAUGGGCAUCCUUCAGUCUCUGUGGCUGUGUGAUCCUCCAGAGCACCAACACGUGUCCAAGAACAAAGAUGUGGACGAUGACUUUAAUCGCACGUCGUCCUCCGGCGUCGACGUCAACAGCGGCUCAACGGGAUCUGGGAACAGCAGCGACGGAGUGAAGGGUAGAGAAGCAUCUCAACCUGGUGCAGAUGGAAGCCAGCAAAACAUCUGUGAAGGUGAAGCUCAGUGGACUUCUGAGAGAGAAGCAGAAGGAAUCAAUCAAACUGAAGAAGAUCCAGCAACAGACGCUACAAGUCCAGGCGACGACAGUCCGAGACAACUGCCUGAAAGUCCUCCCUCCUCCAGCAGGAGCUCCGGAAACGAAAGCAGCGACCAAAAUCCUGCAGACGAAGGUGAACGACAGGAGGAACGGGAAAGUCUUCUGCUCAGCCAGAGAGCACAGAUCGCCAAAACACUCUCUCAGGAUCCGGAUCCAGUCUGGGUUCUAACCUUACUGAACAAAAUAGAAAAGCAGUUCAUGACGCAUUAUAUCAACGCCAUGAAGGAGUUCACAGUGCGCUGGAACCUUGGAGACAACGAGCAGCUGGAAGGGAUGAUCAGUGAGCUCAGAGCUGAGGUUCACAGAAGAAUCCAGACCAGCAUAGACAGGGAGCUGAGGAAGAUGCAAGGUCGAGCAGGUCUGCCAAGACCUCCUAAAGAAGCCAUGUCCAGAGCUUCUACCACACAGAGCGAAGAGCGGCGCAGGAGGCUGAAGAUCAUGGUCAAACAGUCCAUCGGUUCUAAUGCAGAGAAAAGUGAUGAUUCAGCCACAGGAACGUCCUACAGCGACCAGCGGAGCGAGAACGACGAGUUCUGUCCCUGUGAAACAUGUCUGAAGACCAACAUCACUUCACCUGCUGGUCCUGUGGUCGCAGACCUGAAGAUCGAUGAGUGUUCAUGUCGCCCUGCAGAGGACCAGGAGACUGAAGCAGCAGAAAUGCUGGUGGAAGAGGUCAUCGAUAAAGCUUUAAAUGAAGUGCAGGGAGACAAGGAACACAGACGACCUGAAGAUGUUUGUGCUGCACAAGAUGAAGGCAGUGAAGCAGAAACCAUCAAAGAACUGACUGAAGAAACAGGAGAAGACUUCACCGUAGACAGCAACAAAGAAGAUGAGAAUGCAGAAACACAGAGCGAGGAAACCUCCCCGACUGAAGACGAACUUAAAAUUACUGAGGAGAUUAACGCGUCUGUCACUGGGGACAAACCGCUAGAAGAAGAAGGUGAAGAUGUUGUGGUCCCAAGUGAAGAAGCAACAGAAACGUCAGCUUCUAGAACCACAUGUGAAGCAGCAGUGAACGGCUGGUUGAAGGUGAAGAAGAGACUGUUGUCCUCGAAGCAGGAGGCGGAGGAGGAGGAAAUGUUGAAGGAACCAGCUGAAGACGCCACGACUGAAACAGAGUCCAAAGAAGCUGCUGAAGCCACCAGAGAUGAAGAUGAAGAUGUAGCAGCUGAAGAUCAGUCUGAAAAAGAGGACGCUGUAGAAGGUGAAGAUGGAACUGCUGUAGACAGUGAGAUCUCUGUUCCAAGUGAAGAAGAGUUAAAAGAUGAAACUGCUGAAAAUGAAGAUGUGGCAUCUGAAGAUCAAGCUAACAAAGACGAGGCUGUAGCUGCAGAAACUGAAGUUGAAACUGCUGUAGAGAGAGAAGAAGAGUCAAAAGAGAAGACUGCCGAAGAUGAGAUGGUUGAUGCAGAAGAAGGUGUUUGUGCUAGCGGGGCAGAUGAAGAUGCUGCUGCCUCAAAUGAAGAUGCAGUGAAAGAACCGACUGAAGAUGAACUGGUUUUAGAAAAGGAAACUGUUGCUGCUGUAAGUGAAGAUGAUUCUGCAGAAGAUUUAGAUGAAACUGCAGACGAGGGUGAAGCCACACCGACUGAAGAUGAGCUGGAGGUAGAGAAAGAGGCUGCUGUUAUGACUGAGGAUGACCUGAAAGAAGGUGAUUCUGAACAGGCCACAGCUGAAGAUGAAGCUGCAGAUGAGAGCGAUGAUGAACUGAUGGUAGAACAGGAGGCUGCUGCUGAUGAACUUAAAGAGGAAGAUGAAAAUAAAGGAGCCACGACAGCAGCCACAAGUGAAGAUGGAUCUGAUGAAGAUGAGGCUGUGGAAGCAGCUACUGAUGAAGAGAAGACUCCUGCAGAAGAAUCAUCAGAAGGACCAGACGAAGCAGCAACAACCGAAGAUGAGCUGGUUGUAGAAAAACAAGCUUCUGUCACAGAAGAUGAGCCAAAGGAUGAACCUGCAGCAGAAGAUGAGGCUGUGGAAGCCUCUGAAGCAGCCACAGCUGAAGAUGAAGAUGAAGAUGAAGAUGAAGCUGAAGAUGAGAGCGAUGCUGCACCAACUGAAGAUGAGCUGGUGAUAGAAAAGCAGGCUGCUGUCAUAACUGAGGAUGAAGAUGAAGCUGUGGAGAACAUCACAGCAGACAAAGGUGAACAUGAAUCUGAUGAAGAGGAGGCAGGAAGGGCUGAUGAUGAAGAGGCUAAAGCUGCCAGUCAAACCGAUUCUGCAGAUAAUUUAGAUGCCACCACAGCUGAAGAUGAACCUGCAGCAGAAGACGCUGUUUUGGCAACUUCAACUGACCAUGAGUCUGAGAAGGAUGAGGAAGCUGUGGAAACGGAGACGGCUGAUUCUGCAGAAGAUGCAACUCCAAAUGAAGAAGAAACUGCAGAUGACAGCGAUGCUGCACCGACUGAAGAUGAACUGAUGGUAGAACAGGAGGCUGCUGCUGAUGAACUUAAGGAAGAAGAUGACAAUGCAGAAGAAGCUACGGUGGCAGCCACAAGUGAAGAUGGAUCUGAUGAAGAGAGGACUCCUGCAGAAGAAUCAUCAGAGGAACCAGACGAAGCAGCAACAACCGAAGAUGAGCUGGAGGUAGAAGAAGAAGCUGGUACAGAGGGUGGUUCUGAAGCAGCCACAGCUGAAGAUGCAGAAGAAACCACGAUGGCAGCCACGAGUGAACAUGAAUCUGAUGAAGAGUCUGUGGAAACAGGAACUGCUGACAGUGAAGUUCAGGCUGCUUCCACUGUGGAGAAAGAUGAAGAUCACAGCGCUGCAGACGAGGCUUCGGCUACAACCGGACACGAAUCUGACAGAGAUGCAGCUGUGGAAGCCUCCAGUGCAAAGGAUUCAGACGACGAGGUCGCUUUCACUGCUGAAGAUGGUGGAGAAACAACCGGGGCCGAGGAGGAAAGUGCAUCUGAAGCAGCCACAGCUGAAGAUGCAGAAGAAACCACGAUGGUAGCCACAAGUGAACAUGAAUCUGACCAAGAAGAGGAGACAGGGACCGCUGAAGAUGCAGAAGAAACUGCUGCUGGCAGUGGGGAUGAUUCUGCUGACGAUGUGGAAGCUUCUGCAAACGAUGAAAGUGCAGAAGAGUCUGAUAGCACAGCUGACAAACUGUCAGAAGAAGCUUCUGAAGCAGCAGAGGAGGAACAUGAUGCCUCAGACACAAAUAAAACCACAGGACAGGAGGAACGCUCUCAGGUUACAAAUGAUGACGAGUCAGAACAUUCAGAAGCCAAACCUGAAAACAUCGAGGAGACUGCAGGAGGAGAUGAAACUACAGGAGGAGAUGAAACUGCAGGAGAAGAUGAAACUGUAGAAGGUGAAACUACAGGAGAAGAUGAAGCUACAGGAGAAGAAGCUGCAGAAGAAGAAGCUACAGGAGAAGAUGAAGCUACAGGAGAAGAAGCUACAGGAGAAGAAGAAGCUACAGGAGAAGAAGCUACAGGAGAAGAUGAAGCUACAGGAGAAGGUGAAGCUACAGGAGAAGAAGCUACAGGAGAAGAUGAAGCUACAGGAGAAGAAGCUACAGGAGAAGAUGAAGCUACAGGAGAAGAAGCUACAGGAGAAGAUGAAGCUACAGGAGAAGAAGCUACAGGAGAAGAAGAAGCUACAGGAGAAGAAGCUACAGGAGAAGAUGAAGCUACAGGAGAAGGUGAAGCUACAGGAGAAGAAGCUACAGGAGAAGAUGAAGCUACAGGAGAAGAAGCUACAGGAGAAGAUGAAGCUACAGGAGAAGAAGCUACAGGAGAAGAAGAAGCUACAGGAGAAGAAGCUACAGGAGAAGAUGAAGCUACAGGAGAAGAAGCUACAGGAGAAGAAGAAGCUACAGGAGAAGAAGCUACAGGAGAAGAUGAAGCUACAGGAGAAGGUGAAGCUACAGGAGAAGAAGCUACAGGAGAAGAUGAAGCUACAGGAGAAGAAGCUACAGGAGAAGAUGAAGCUACAGGAGAAGAAGCUACAGGAGAAGAAGAAGCUACAGGAGAAGAAGCUACAGGAGAAGAUGAAGCUACAGGAGAAGAUGAAGCUACAGGAGAAGGUGAAGCUACAGGAGAAGAAGCUGCAGAAGAAGAAGCUGCAGGAGAAGAUGAAGCUGCAGAAAGUGCUACAGAUGAAAAUGCAUCUGCAAGUGAAACAGAACCAUGUGACCAAAUAGCAGAAAGCAGCGUGGUUGAAGAUUUUAAAGAAGAUGAUAAAUCUCAGACUGAGGAGCCUGCAGACGGUGAAACAGCUGGAGAAGAAUCUGAAGAGGAGGAAUCUGCUGAGAAUGAAAGUGGAACCUGUGGGGCAGAAACCACCAGAGAUGAGACUGAAGGACAUGAAACAGCAGAAGAAGAGUCGGGAGGAGCUGAAAUAGAUGAGAAUGAGUUCAGUGAAGGAACAUCUGCAGCAGACGAGGCUGAAGAAGAAGAAGUUCAGCGUACGGAUAACAGAGAAGAUGAAUCUGGACGAGAUGCUGCUAGUGAAUCUGAGACGAAUCCUGAUGAAGCUGAACGCACAGGAGAAGAAAGUGAUGUUCCCCAGACCAAUGAGGAAACAGAAGAGCCUGAUGAUGGGGUGGAGGAAACAUCAGAAACCGUAGAAGAAGACAAAGAAAGCAAACCAGAGGAAGGUGGAGAGAAUCCUGAGCAGACAGAAGAUGUUUCUCAGUGUGUUGGCUGUGAAAAUGAUGAAGGCAACGAUGAACAGUCUGAGAAGGACGACGAGGAAACACCCAACGACAACUGGAGCGAAAACGAUGGAGAAGAUGAAGCUGAAGAAGACUCAGACGAACCUGAAGAAGAAAGUGAAGACAGACGGAAACCUUUAGUUAGCAGCAGGUCCAACAGUCAGGAUGAGACCAUGAAAGCAGCUAAAGAACCAACGCUGAAGCUGCUGGAUCCUCCAAUCAGAGUGAACGCAGAGUCCGAGGACGGAACGUACGCUGACGGAGAAGAUUCAGAGUCUGAGAUGAACAGCCAGGAGGACGUCACGAGCAUCGAGUCCAAGAGUCUGAAGAAGAGCAGAUCAUACGCUAGCGGAGACUUUGUGAGAGCCAGGGAGAACUGA